CUAGUUGGUCCUGAAUUCUGGAAUGUGUUGAAUGACUCUUCUUGUGAUAAUAGUUUUUCAUUUGAAGUAUUAAUCACGGGAACGAGUCCUUGGGAAAUAGGUUCUUUUGUUCGUAAAUGUUAUAAAGAAUUAACUAAAAUCAUCACAACCUCUGUUGGUGGUUAUUUUGUAAUAACCGGAAACCCGGCAUUGGAAAAUUGA